AUGUCGAUCGCGCAAAAACUACUUGGCGUCGUGGUUGCGGCUGCUGCUCUUGCAUCUGCGCAGGCACCUUCGUAUCGUGGGGAGUUGCUCAUUGAACCCCUUCUCAACAAUGGCAUGUGUUUGAACGCGGCGAGCGACAACGACGGUGCUAUUGUCACUAUCGAAGCCUGUACUGGAGCGACUUCUCAAAAGUGGACCUUCACUGGUGGCACUGUCCAAAUAUUCGGCACAAAAUGUUUGGAUGUCACUAACGGAAGUACUGCUGAUGGCGUCAAGUUGCAAAUCUGGACUUGUUCCACCAACUCGAAUCCCAACCAGCAGUUCUACUACACUUACGACAACCAUCUUGCUUGGACCAGUCACAGCACGUGUGUCGAUCUCACCGAUGGAAAUCAAUCAGCUGGGAACCAGAUCCAACUCUGGUCUUGCGGAAGCAACCCUAACCAAGUUUGGUACACUGGUUACCACGUUUCUUCUCUUCCUACUGUUUCGGAAGAUGGUCAGAGCGGAACCAAUAACUGUGGAACCGGAAACAGUAACUCCUCGAACUGCCAGACCGCUUGGAUUAACUCUGCGGAAGAUUUCUGUCUCUGGGCUCCUCCGUCGGUCGAUACUAUUGGAAACAGUGAGCGAGUUGAAGUGGCCUGGUGCACCAAGGCUGGUCGUGGCACGCGUCUCAUCCCUGAUGGAACUCUGCAAGGAGUGCAUUUCGUGAAGACACCUGAUUAUGUUCAAGUAACUGGUGUCGGCGACUUCACGAAGAUCAAUAUCCCUGCAGGUGAUGCGGGCGGAGAGCUAGAUCCUCAUGGCGCUGAUGGGAAUGGAAACCCGAUUGGUGGCCUGGUCUACGGAGAUGGAUUCGGCAGUGGUCUGCAGUACCAUGAAUGGACAUCUUUCAUUUCAUCGAAUGAAUUCUGUUUCCGUGCCUGUGUUCACUCGGAGGCUGCGACGCUGUGCCAGCACAUCUACGAUGUUAUGGGUUGCUACUGGAAUAUGCCGGCAAACUACGAUUCUGGUGUCUUUGAGAACUGUGCUGGAGACAAUGACCUUCCUAUGGGAGUUUACGGUACAUCGACCUGGUAUCAGGGUGUUGAGCCUACUCCUAGUGCCCACCCGGUGGCGAGCUCAUCGAACUGUGCCGCACUUCCGACUGUUUCGAUCAGCCCUGCUUGA